CCUAUGGCGGGGAGCAUAUAACGCAAGAAAUUAAAAGUUUUUUAUUGAAGCGCUGAUUUUUUUGUAAACAUUGAUCAGUGCUGUUCUAAUCACAGUCUACAAUGGACGAAAAUAGAAACUGGUUGGAUAUUAUAAUGUUACUGAUUCGUCUAGUCUUUGCUGUGGUAUCUCUUGCUUUUGCAUUGUGCAAUGUUAUACCAUCAUUCAGAAACUUUAAGGUUUCAACCAUGCUUCUAAAGGUGGAUAAUGAGAACCAGGCAUUUCAACUUCAAGCGAAUGUCAAAGAGAGAAUGUCACCAGCAACAGCUCAAGUUUGGAAUCCAAUAUCAGCACAUGUUUCAAUUGAAUUAUCUAGAGUCACGAAUCACGGGGAAGUGAUCAUCAAUACGACACUUCAGCUCUACAAGCCCAAAGAAGAUGAAAUACACUCAAAGCUAUUUCACAAUAAUGCCUUACACAUCUCUGAUGGGAAGAUCAUUAUACUUUAUUCAGGGUAUUACUACCUGUAUAGCAAUGUAUUGAUCACCCUCAACACAGAAAACCCCGAAGGCAUACAAAAAGAAAGUGUGUGCUAUCACUACAUUUUGUGUAAGAGUAAAGGAAUGACGUCUAUCUUACUGCGGGGAGUACAUACUUUCUUUGAAAAGCAAACUGCAUAUCUGGGCGGUAUUUUCUUACUGAUGGCUGGAGAUGAAGUCAUUGUAUCAACAUCACAAUGUGGAGUCGUUGAAGACGGAAUAUCAUCAUAUGUGGGCUUAGUGAACAUUAGAAACACUCUAAAGUAAAUGUGAUGUUUUUGGCAGAUUCUUCUCCAGGAAAGGUCACUUCAACGAACACACGAUGAAACACACGGGGGAAGCGUCGUUUGAAUGUGAAUUUUGUGGGAAAGGAUUCCGUUCUCAGAGGGUGCUGAAGUCACACAGUUGUAUGAGAAGUUGUAUGAUUGUGAGGAGUGCGGCGGAGAAUUCUGCCAGCCGUCCACACUCAGGAAACAUAAGAUGCAUCGCACGGGAGAAAAACCCUUCGUGUGUGAGCACUGCUCCAAUUCGUUCAGGUAAGUCAUGCUUGACGCUCCACGAGAGGACCCACAAGGAGGAUAAGCCAUACACUUGGGAUGAUGACU